UAAAUUUUGUUCGUGUAGAAAUAUUACAAAGUACACGGUGAUGAACGUAGAGUCGAGCUUCGAGAAAGCCAUUCAGUGUGUGGUCAACAGUUUGUGUGUGUGUGUGUAACGCUCUUGCUCCGGGCCGCCGCUGCCGCCUCUGUUGCUUCGUCAUGAGUUGCAUGGCCAUGGCUCAUGACUAGGGCCACCUUCAGAACCUUCAGUCCUGGGCGGAGGAAGGAACUUGCUGAAGUCUGACGAGUAGUAGCAGUGGAAGCACGGGCUCACAAUGGACGACCGAACGGUGGACAAAAUCUUCUCCGGCAGCCUGGAGACCCUGCCACCUGUCAGUUCAAAAGUGUGCCGAAUUUUUACCUCCUCCACAUUCACAGAUAUGUUGAUGGAGAGGAACACACUGAUGGCGGAGGUAUAUCCGAGGCUAAAGGAGUUCUGCAGGGAGAAACAUGGCCUGGAGUUUCAGGUGGUGGACAUGAGGUGGGGCGUGAGAGACGAGGCGACAGACGACCACAUGACUACCGAACUUUGUAUGAGGGAGAUUGAUAACUGUCAGAGACUAUCUAUGGGACCCAACUUUGUGUUUUUUGGAGGACAGAAGUAUGGCUACCGGCCCAUUCCGACAGUCAUAUUGGGCUCAGAGCUGCUUAUGUUGCGGGAAGCCCUCAUCACUAUGGGCGUGGACACCUUGCUUAUCGACACCUGGUACAAGAAAGACUCCAAUGCAGUGCCUUUUGUCUACAUUCUCCAACCCAUUUCUUCCAUACUCGUCAACUUCAAUAACAAACGCGUGCCGAAGUUGCAGGCUCAGGACCAGGCGACGUGGUGGGACACACUGGUUAAGAUGCAGAAGCUCCUAAGGAAGGCGGCACAGGCAUGCUACAACACUCACAAGAUGGACAAGGAGGCCAUGCAUAACUACUUCAUGUCAGUCACAGAGCGGGAGGUCAUUAAAGGGAUCCUCUCUGUGCGGAACACCAAGAACCACACACUCGCCCUGGUUCGCUACAUCAACAACAUCAACCUUCAAAACCUCCGUCGUGCCGCCAAUUUCAUUGACAUCGUGAACAGGCAGAUCGACGGGGAGGCAAUGAAGCUGCUCUCCGAUCUAAGGGACGUCAGGCUACCGGCCCGGAUCGAGUCCACUAAUUAUCACAGGUACUCGGUAGAAUGGAUAGGACGCGAAGGCUUGGCUAAGGAGACUCAUGGAGAAUAUCUUCAGCAAUUCUGUACCGAUUUCUACAAAGGCAUGACCAAACUAAUUGAUCGUGCCAUGAGGAAGGAGGACUCUUCAGCGCAGGGCCAGAUCAUAACCGAGAUUCUGCAACACCUUCACGCCUGCAAGAAUUCGGUCACGGUGUUUUAUGGGAGGGAGGAAGAAGUCCAAAAGGUGAAAGACUACAUCACGGGUCCGUCGGUGAACCCGUUGCUGCUGCAUGGUGCGGGGGGCUGCGGCAAGACCUCUCUCCUCGCAAAAUGUGCCUCCAGCUGUGUCGAAUGGCUGUCGCACACCAAGCCCAUAUUGGUAAUCCGCUUUGUCGGAACCUCCCCGGAGUCCACGGCCCUCACACCGCUCCUUACUUCCAUCUGCCACCAGAUAUCCUACAACUACAUGCUGCCCUUUGAGGACAUUCCUGACGACCUGGUCCCUCUCACCGCCCACCUGAAGGAACUUCUCAACUGUGCCACGCCUCAGAUGCCGCUGCUCAUCUUCCUAGACAGCGUGGACCAGGUGACGGGGGCAACGGACGCCAACAGGAUGUCGUGGAUACCCACGCGUCUCCCUCCUAACGUAAAGAUCGUGGUCUCGUGCGUGUCUGAGGAGGGGGACCCGGAGCUCUCCAAGGACUAUAUAUUGCUGAGGCGGAUGAUCGAUAACGUUGACAACUUUCUCGAGGUGACGGCGCUCGGCGAGGACCUGGCCAUGGACAUUAUCAAGAAGUGGAUGUGCACAGCUAAGCGGGAUCUGAAUAACUACCAGUGGCGUGUGGUGAGCAACGCUAUCUCCCGCUGCUCCCUGCCCAUCUUCGUCAAGCUAGUAUUCGCUGAGAUAUGUCGAUGGAAGAGUUACAGCAAGCCACAAGACACCUACCUCGCUUCCAACGUAAUGGACUCCAUCAUGAUGCUCUUCUCCAAAGUGGAAGUCAAGCAUGGGCGUUUGCUGGUGUCUCACGCUCUCGCCUACAUUACUGCCAGCAAGAACGGUCUGUCCGAGUCAGAGCUGGAGGACCUCAUCUCCCUCGACGAUAAGGUGCUGGACGACGUGUACCAGUACCACAUGCCGCCCGUCCGCCGCAUCCCGCCUCUCCUCUGGACAAGGAUUAGGAACGAUCUGCCCAACUACCUGUCUGACUGUGAGGCCGACGGUGUGUCUGUCCUUAACUGGUAUCACAGACAAUUCAACGAAGCCGCACGUAAGAGGUAUUUCACCAACCAGAAUCAGGCCAUGUACUUCUACUCUAUGAUUGCGGACUACUUCCUGGGCAUGUGGGGAGGAGGAGUACCCAAGCCCUUCAAGUAUACUGAGAUCCAGAGACACAGGUUUAACCUUAAGAGCAAAGAAGGUUUAGCGGACCGAAAAGUGCCUGCCCAGCCUCUCGUCUACUACAACAAGGAGGGGAAGAUCACCCGCUACAACCUCAGAAAGUUCGGAGAGUUACCUUUCCACCUGGUGCGAGCGCGACGCUUCGAGGACCUGUACACACACGUGCUCUUCAACUACCAGUGGCUGCACGCCAAGCUGAGCUCCUGCCCACUCCAGGCUGUACUGUCAGACUUCGAAGAUGCCUCAGCUCAUAUCGACGACCGAGACCAGAUCAGGCAUCUCAUGCUUGUGGCCGACGCGCUGAGGCUCGGCGGCGCCAUACUGUCCCAGUACCCCGACAUGUUGGCCCCGCAGCUCAUCGGUCGCCUGCUGCCAGAGAUGGAGGCCAACCCGCACGUAAAAAGCCUUUUAGAGCAGUGUGACGCUGAGGGAAUCGAACACUGCGGCCUCCUUCCAUCCUACCACUGCAGCCACACGCCCGGAGGGCCCCUGAAGUAUUCGUUGGAAGGCCACCAGUUCGCUGUGUUUGGAUUUCGGUUGACACAAGACCUGCGUUACAUCGUGAGUGUGUCCAACAAGUUCAUCACGUGGGACCUCUCUACCUCGGACCUGACCCGUGAGGUGAUCCCAGGCAUCGAGGGCAUCAUGCAGGAGCUGGUGCUUUCUCCCGACAACAAAUACUCUAUCGCCCAUACCAAUAAUAGUCAGACGGUGCUUCUCAACAUGCUGACCAGUGAAUUCUUUCUUCUGGAAAAUCCAAUGCCGGGGGAAAAGGUUAUCGGCACUCUGCUCUCAGAUCUGUGUGCCCUCAUACACGGCGAGAGAUCCUGGGUACUGUACACGCUGCGCGGAGAGGAGCGGGAGCGGGUUCCGUCACCAGUGGACAAACCCAUCCUCUUCAUGGACUUCAUCAGCCCUGCCGACUACAGUCUCGUCUGCUGGUCGGGGGACUUUGAUGACAAAAACCUACUCAUCUACACGGUUGUGGGCGGCCAAGCCUUCCCCAUUGUCGAGUUUCACAGCGUCAUGACAUGGACAAAGAAUCGUGAGUAUCUUUACUGCUGCACGCGGGAGCAUGGGCAGGACGUGUGUGCCUUCCGGAGGGGUGAGGCGAGCUGGACGAUGGACAGAGUCGUGGCCGCCAACGAACACCGUCUUCUGAUGCUCCACCUCACCGGCGACCAGAUGCACCUCAUUGGCACCUUUAUGCUCGGCUUUCAGGUGUGGGAAGUGGAAAGCGGGAAGGUGUGGACUCUCAGGCUCCCUCACGGCAUCCGAAACAUCUCGACGCAGCUCCUCAAGUCCAACUCGUGCGUCCUCUCCAAAGGGUACAAGUACGCAGUGGCGGGCGUGAGGAAGAACCUUUACGUGUGGGAGCUGGAGACGCAGGAGCUGUUGAAGGUGUUAGACGCUCACUUUGGCCGCAUCAUCGACAUGGUGGCUCUGGUCGUUGGCUCCUGGAAUUCCGUCAUCACGUCGUCGCUGGACAGGACAGUCAAGGUGUGGAACAUCAAUAACAUCUUCGAACAGGUGCACGUUAUUGAUCGCCACGAAUUGCAAGUAGACGACAUCAGCCUGUCCCCGAGUCGCCCGCUGGCCGUCACUGUCACCAGGAACUGUGUGGGCAUAUGGAACCUUCGGCUGGGCAAGCUGAUGUGUAAGCUUGCUGACUCACCACUGGGAGCCAUCGUGACCCAAGCCGGCAUCACCAAGGACUCCAGAUACAUAGUGUCCACUGAGUCAGGGAACGUCUUGAUUUGGAACGUGCGGGCCGAGGCAGUCGUGUUUAAGACUGAACAAAAGAAUGUCCAACAACUACUGUUGUUGGACGACGACACCAAGUUUGUCACUGUGUCCAAGGUUGCGCUGGACACAGGUGAGCUCUCGUGUUACCUGGCCACGCGCUCCAUCCCCUCUGGCGCACUGGUUUACGAGCUGGACUACCCGAUACGCAGCUUCCGACAGAUCGCAGUGACAGCAGACGGUCUCUUCCUCGUCAUCCCCUCCAUUGAAGGCAUCAAGGACGCGUUGCUUGUGUGUCACGCAAAAACAGGAACUUUAGUGCACAAGAUGCCUCUCAAGUAUCCGAGCUUUAAGGAUUUUCAUCUGGUGGUGCCGCUCCCCAACAAGCCAACCCAAGUGGCGCUCAUCGACCAAGACAAAGGCAACAUCGUUGACAUCCGGUCGAAGAAGUUCGUCCGCUCCAUUCCCAAGUGGGGCGGCAAGGUGUCGCGAGACGGUCGUUACGGCUUGUAUGCUCCUGCUCGAGGCGGCCUCGAGCUUCUGGAGCUACGUCACGGCACGUCCGUCCGUACCCUCAUCCCGCGCGUCGCUGAGGGCGUGUUCUCCGUCAUCUGCCUCUUCACACGCACGGACGAGUAUGUCCUCUACUACCACGGUGGCCGCAAGACCAUCAGGGUGUUCAGAAUAACAGACGGAAAGAUGAUUGCCAACUACCGCGUCCAGGCUGAACUAACGGCCAUCGCUGGCAGUGAGGACGGGCGCACCAUCGUGCUGGGCACCGUGGACGGCUGCCUCUCAACCCUUACCAUCGCGGACCCAACGCGGCCCGGCAUCAGGGACUACCUGGCUGACCUGCCCUCCAGAAACCCCCAAAAAUACGAGGAAGAAGAGGCCAAGCAAGGCAUGACUCUCCGCAAAGUGGUCAACAUGGUGUUGAUGACGAACAGGCUGCAGGGACCGACCGGGAACUCCAGUAGUCGCUCGUCCUCAUCCGCUGCGUCAACGGAGGGAAGCCACUGACGAGCAAUGAUGCGAAUGUACAUUGUCGAAACCAGGGAUGUGGAGUAUGUAACGCGAGGUUCAUGUGUGUGUGUAUGUGUGUGUGUGUGUGUUGAGUUGAGACCGGUGUGGCCAGUGGGACCGAUUCCGGCCAGUGUGGACAGUGUUUUGAAGUGAAUGACAGUAGCAAAUCGAAUGUGGUGACAUGUAUACGGUGUAAAGGAGAUCUUCAUUCCUCGUGUGUUCAUCUGGGUGGAAUCAAAAGCACAAAUCUGCGUCAUGUUAACUGGUUGUGUGAUCACUGUGCGGAAACAAUUCGUGUGGAGCCUACUAAGAAAAGCGACGACACUGACAAGUUAAAGGAUGAGCUGAAUGAGCUGGUAAUGAAAGGCUUUGCAGAGAUGCGAGGUGAGGUAAAGAGUGUGGUGAGGAAGUCCAGCAAUGAUGUGGGUGUUGUGGAGGAGACGGUGAGAGAGGUUGUGACGUCAGCAGUUACGAGUGCAAGGGAGAACAUGGUUACUGGUGAGUUAACUCCGGAUGUGGGGGACUGGGCUGAGGUGGUUAGGAGGGGCAAGAAAAAAAUGGGGAAGAACUUGUUGGUACUAAAAGCCAACAAUAAUGAUGGAAAAGCUAUUGACAGUAAAAAAGAUGUUGCAACGGUUUUGGCGGGUGUGCCUAUCAGCGAUUCUAGGU